GGGGAUAUGGGGGUAUAUGGGGGUAUAUGGGGGUCUAUAUGGGGACGAUGAGGAGACGUCGAAGGCCGAGAUGGAGAUCGCCGCCCUGGUGGAGCAGCUGACCCCCAUCGAGCGCUACGCCAUGAACUUCCUGGAGGCGUCGCUGGAGGACGUCAGCAGGGAGGAGCUCAAACAGGCCGAGGAGCAGGUGGAGGCGGCCCGGAAGGACAUCGACCAGGCCAAGGGCGAAGGUCGCUUCCGGCUUCCGGAUGAGGAAGAGGAAGAGGAAGCGGCCACGGCGGCCAUGACGGUUGGGGAGGAUGGGCCCAACCCCAGGAGAGCCCGGAAAGCGCGAGGACCCCCAAAGCCAAACCCAGGAACCAGGGUCAGCCAAAGGCUGCGGGCCGCGGCCGCCAACACUCCCAAGAUGGCCGCCGUCACCACGGCCACCACGGCAUCCAAGAUGGCGGCCACCGUGACAACAACAUCCAAGAUGGCGGCUGUGAUGACAACGGGAUCCAAGAUGGCGGCCAUGACAACAACAUCCAAGAUGGCGGCUGUGACAACAACAGGAUCCAAGAUGGCGGCCACAACGACAAUGGCAUCCAAGAUGGCGGCCAUGACGACGACGACGGCAAAGAUGGUGGCCAUGACGACGAUGACAUCCAAGAUGGCGGCCACCGUGACAACAACAUCCAAGAUGGCGGCCACGACGACGGCGGCAUCCAAGAUGGCGGCCAUGACGGGAUCCAGGGGACCCGUGAGCCAAUGGCGGAGCCCCACACACCCCACACACAGGACGGCGCCACCCGGGGUGGGGAUGACGUCACAGGGCGAGGUGAUGACGUCACAGCCGGCGGCCAUGACGGCGGCGUCUGGACCAAUGGCGUCGCGGGAAGAGGCGAUGACGUCACAGGCGGGAGCGAUGACGUCACAGGCGGAAGCGAUGACGUCGCAGGCGGCGGCCAUGAUGAUGACGUCACAGGCGGAAAUGGCGCCCUCGCAACAGGAAGUGACGUCAUCAAAGCCGGAAGUGAUGACGUCACAGCAGGAGGCGAUGACGUCACAAGAUGAAUUGAUGACGUCACAACCGGAAGUGAUGACGUCUCAACCGGAAGCGAUGACGUCAUCGCCGCCUCCCCAUGGCAGCGCCCCAUUGGAGGUUGGGGGGCCAAUCACGGAGCCCCCCACGGCCGCCAUGAUGGGAACCCAGGACCCCCAGCCCCACAGCGGACCCACAGCGGAAGCUCCGCCCAUCCCAGCCGACCAAUCAGAUCGUUCCCAAUCCAACCAAUCGGAUCAUUCCCAACCCAACCAAUCAGAUCGUCCCACACCCGACCAAUCGGAUCGUCUCCAACCCAACCAAUCGGAUCGUCUCCAACCCGACCAAUCGGAUCGUCUCCAACCUGACCAAUCGGAUCGUUCCCAACCCAACCAAUCAGAAUCUCCUCCCCCCCAAUCCAACGAAUCCGAACGUCCCCCGCCCCAACCCAACCAAUCAGAACAUCCUCCCUCCCAACCCAACCAAUCAGAACGCCCCCCGCCCCAACCCAACCAAUCAGAUCGCCCCCCACCCCGCCGUCGCCGUAGCGCCGACGUCGAGAUCCGCCAGAGUCGACUUCCGGGUCCAUCGGCCAAAGUCCUACGACAACUUCCGGGUCGCCUGGUCACCAUCUUGGAGACCCCCGCCCCCCCCAUCCAAUAUGGCCGCCGCCGCCGCUGCCCUCCCCCCCCACAACAACCCCCCAAUGAAGACGACGAGGACGAGGCCGCCAUGACGGCGGCGGCCAUGACACCCAACCACACCCACCAUCAUCAUCAUCACCCCCCGCCCCCACCCAAACGCCGCCGGGGUCGCCCCCCCAAGCGCCGCCAUCCCCCCGGUGGGGGGGGGGUCUCCUCUUCCUCUUCCUCCUCAUCCUCCUCCUCCUCUUCCUCCUCCCGCCGACGACGCCGCCCCAAGAUGGCGGAUGGGGGAGCCAAGAUGGCUGACUGA